AUGAGAGAGCCCCAAGAAAUUCUGACUCUGGGGUCAGAGCUUGGCGUGACCAGGGCAGGGCUGAGGGAGACCCAGGUCCACAGAGAGGGUCUCAGGUUUAGCCCUGCCAGGAUCAAGGGGAGGAAGAAGAAGGAGGAUUCAGGAGACCUUGGACUCCAGGUGAGGACUGUGUUCUCAGAGGACGACUUUGAGCCAACAAAAGGAGCCCCAUCAAGUCCACAAAUAAAGUGGUCACUGGAUCUGCCAAGAGUCAGUGUCUUUAGAGAACAGGCCACGCAGUAGGACAGGAGCCCCAGAAGGCCCGAGAGGAUCACUGGAGGAGAAGGCCUGUAAGUAGGCCUGUGGUUCCCUGUCACCCAGAUCCUUCCCACAGUGCUGCCUGCUGAUCUGACCAGAGUCACCAUGCCUCUUGGGCAAAGGAGUCAGCACUGUAAGCCUGAGGAAGGUCUUCAGACCCAAGAAGAAGCCCCCGGCCUGAUGGGUGCAUGGGAUCUCCCAGUUGAGGAGCAGGAGGCUGCCUCCUUGUCUUCUACUCUGAAUGCAGGUACUCUAGAGGAGGUGCCUGCAGCUGAGUCACCGAGUCCUCCCCAGAGUCCUCAGGGAGCUUCUUCCUCCCCCACUGCCAUGGACUCCAUCCUAGGGAGCCUACUUGAUGAGGACUCCAGCAGCCAAGAAGAGGAGGGGCCCAGUACCUUGCCCAACAUAGAAGACCCAGAGUCCUUUCUCCAAGAUAUACUAGAUGAGAAGAUGGCUGAGUUGGUUCAUUUACUGCUCCACAAGUAUCGAGUCAAGAAGCCAAUCACAAAGGCAGAAAUGCUGGAGAGUGUCAUCAAAAAUUACGAGGAAUACUUUCCUGACAUAUUUAGGGAAACCUCUGAAUGCAUGCAGCUGCUCUUUGGCAUUGACAUGAAGGAAGUGGACCCCUUUAGCCACUCCUACAACCUUGUCACCUCUCUCGGCCUCUCCUAUGAUGGUAUACUGGGUGAUGAGCACAGCAUGCCCAAGUCUGGCCUCCUGAUAUUAGUCCUGGGCAUAAUCUUCAUGGAGGGCAACUGUGUCCCUGAAGAGGCUAUGUGGGAAGUGCUGAGUGAUAUGAAGGUGUAUGCUGGGAGGGAGCACUUCCUAUUUGGGGAGCCCAAGAAGCUCCUCACCCAAGAUUGGGUGGAGGAAAACUACCUGGUGUACCGGGAGGUGCCCGGCAGUGAUCCCACAUGCUAUGAGUUCCUGUGGGGUCCAAGGGCCCACGCAGAGACCAGCAAGAUGAAAGUUCUUGAGUAUAUAGCCAAUGCCAAUGGGAGGGAUCCCACUUCUUACCCAUCCCUUUAUGAAGAGGCUUUGAGAGAGGAGGGAGAGGGAGUCUGAGCAAGAGAUGCAACCAGGGCCAGUGGGCAGGGAACUGAGCCAAUGCAUGCUUCAGGGCCACAUCCAGCAGCUUCCCUGCCCUGUGUGAAAUCAGGCCCAUUCUUCCCUCUGUGUUUGAUGAGAGAAGUCAAUGUUCUCAGUAGUGGAGGGCACAGUGGAUGGAGGGGAAUACAUUGUAUAGUGUCUUUAGGUUUCUCUUCCAUCAGGUGACUUGGAGAUUUCUUUCUGUUUCCUUUUGUUAAUUUUCAAAUAUUGCUCCUGUAAUAAAAGAUUUAAUUAGUUUCAACAUCUAAGUGUAUGGAUGACACUGAUCACACAUGUAGGUUUACUUAUCCAUUUCAAGUGUAAGAGUUUGCCAUUUUGUAAAAUAUUUUGGGAAACCUUCCAUCUUGCUGUGAUUUGGAAUAAGAUACCAUGACAUUGGAACAGGCAUUUUCUUGGAGAAUGUAAGAACUUAGCAAUAAAAAUGAACCGGUGUUAUGGAACAGAGAAAUAAA